CCGGCAAAGUCAUCAAGCGACAGCAAACAGGAUUUGCUGACCACUGUAAACUGACCACGAGUUGUAUGCGGACGAAAUUUGAAGUUAUACGCCGUGUUAUUUUUGAAUUUUUUUCAGCUACUUGGGGCAUCUCAAGCUCAACGUUUGCUGUUUUACAGAGAGAAUUCCAUUAAUUGUUAUCUUAAGCUGCCAGGUUCUUCAAGAAGGAAAUUCAGCUUACUCCUUCUCUACAGGAAAAGUGGAUUGCGGAUUGUGACAAAAUGGCGGGCUAUUUCGGUCAUGUCGGAGGACAUGUGCCUCCGUAUUCGGUGGGAAGCCACGGAUUGAGUCAUCCUGCACCGAACAUCGAUUUCUUCAGCCAAAUGGCUCCUCCACCGUGUGCGCACCCGAGAAAACAGCGUCGAGAGAGAACGACUUUCACCAAGGCCCAACUGGAAAUCCUAGAAGAGUUAUUUAGCAAAACAAAAUAUCCCGACAUUUUCAUGAGGGAAGAAGUCGCAAUGAAAAUAAGCCUUCCAGAAAGCAGAGUGCAGGUUUGGUUCAAAAACAGAAGAGCGAAAUGUCGCCAACUGGACAAAGCUGCGGAAAAUAAACGAAAACUCGAGAAGAAAUCACCUCCAGGAACAAUUCCGACGUCCAAAAUUGAACAAAAGAAAUCAAGUCCUUCUCCAUACCAGCUCCCCAGCUGCAGCGCAAAUAUAAAUAACAUGUGGAAUGGGCCAGCAUCUACCCCGCUAACACACAGUCAAAAUUACCCCACCCCUCCUGUGUUAACAAACAAUUCCGGUCCGGUGUUUAUGCCUCCCCCACACCCUCCUCCUGCACCGGCCCCCCCGCCAUAUUAUCGUCCGAACUCUGACUGUUCAUACAUGUCGGCGUCACCUUACAUGCAUAUGAAUAGACCAGGCGAGCAAGCGUACCCACCGACUCAUAUGUAACAACUGUUCAACAACUGUUAGAUUUUCGCGAAACAGUGGUGAACAUGAUUCGUCUGCGCCAAUGGAAUAUCCAGAAUAGAGUAUCGCACGAAGAUUGCCGAAGGUAUCCGAAUAUUUCAAGGAGUACGGAAGAGAGCACGCUGAAUGAAGUUCACGGGAAUCGGCUGAAUCCUCGAAGGCAAUUUUUUUCAAGAAAAAAACUAAGCAGAAUGUUGUACAUACGAUUUAAAGAACACAGCUUUUGCACUAGCCGCAGUGUAUAUUAGCUAGCAUAAAUUUCACAUUUAGAGGUUUUUAAACACGUUUAUUUCUAUUGAAGACUGAAAUGGUCAUCUCGGAGACAAGAAAUGGUUGGCGACGCCCCCCCUCCCCCCUUCCGUUUCUUCAAUGAGCAACAAGUCUUCACUUUUUAGUUUUGAGUCAUCUUUGUUAUCUUUUGCUUCGUGUAAGCGAUGCUUUUCUCCAAUUCAGUUUACGACGCUUGUUACAUUUUUAGCAAUCAAAAGGUAGAUACAUUUAAGAUCAAUACAAAAGGAAAACUUAAA